GCAAAUCCAGACUCCGUGUGUGUCUGUGUGGUGGCGCGGGCGGGUGAUUGAGGUUGAGGGAAGAUUUUCCCUCCGUUCGUAUCCACAGUUUUCCACUCAUUUGAAUCCUCCCGGAAGAGAGAAGCGGAAGUGUCAAGUGAUUGCGCGCGCGGUGGAUGGAAAUUGAUAUUGCUGGUGCUGCAGCAGCCAGCGACAGAGUUCAGAGAGUAGUGCCACGCGGGAGGUAUCAUCAGCUGCUGGCUGCUAGCUGAUGGGGUCGCCUAUCUGAUCUACUUCUGUUGUGAUUUGUUGCAGCCGCCAUUUGGCAAGGGGUGAAAGUUUGAGCGUUCCCGUGGGGAUGAAAACGAUUCCGGGCCAUAUAUAGGACUACCCCGUCAGCAGCAUCAUCAUCAUCGUCGCACAUAAAUAGGAAUAAAUACGCUAGCCCGGAGGAUUACGGAAGCAGUUUUUUCGCACCACCGAGUCUCGAAUUUCGUCACUUGAAGAAGGCGAUGGUUGUGAGCUUAUCGCAAACAUUGUAUCAAUCAGCGCGGCAAUUGUUUGGCUCCCGACGGGGAGUUUUGGAUUCCGAAAAUCAAGUGAAUAGAGACGAGAUAAGGUGUUCGAAAUACGUCAAGUAGGACAGUUAGAGCCGUCGGCAGUUCUAGCGACGUCUUUUAUAAGGGAAACAACCAUCGCUACGCUAUACCUUGACGGGAUAAUUAUGCAAAUUUCAUUAAGUAUUUCUAUGCUGAAAGCGUUCAACGAACCUCAGGUGUGUGCAAAUCGGGCGAACAAAGCGAGUCAGCUAGUACGUGCUGCUGCUGCUCCUCGGCAAGCAGCACUACAAGUGGUGAAAAGAAAAGUAAUUUGCCCCCAUAGAUACAGAGAGAAAAGGUACCUCCCACAGGGUUUCCGAUUGAUUAAUUCGUGUGAAAAUAAGGUGGGAGUUUUGCGGUUCCCUUUUCACUAUUCGGUGUGGUUUGGUUCAACUCACCUUUAGCAAGUAUUUAGGAGCAGGCGAGCGCGUGCUGGGAGUGUGGAAGUUAAUAUCAAGCUGUGAACGUUCCCGAUUGAAUUUCGGAUUAGAUUGACAUAUCACAGGCGCAUAUCGUGUGGGCGGUCAGAGGCAAAAUGUUUUGGAUUCUGAGAAGAACUGGAGCGGUCAAUUUCUUCAACUCCAUCAACAACAACUACGCGGUCAAGGGAGGAUCCGGUUCCAGCAGCAAUGCAGACAAAAACAGCUCCCGGCCACCACGGAGAGCUUACGGUCGGCUCAGCGUGGAAUCCGACGAUGUUCAAUCGUUUCGACGUGAGGCCGAGCUUAACGACAAUCUGAUUGAUGUGGAUGGAGAAUUAAGCGAAAGCAACUACAACAACAACAACAACAGCAACCACAUCACAAACAUCAACAACAACAACAAUGUCCUAGUGAAAAAUCAGAACAAAGCCGUUGUUGGCAGCACGGCCACGACUACAACGACGACGAUGAUAAAUGGCUGUCCGUCGCAUCUGUUUCCGCACGAUAGCUGCGGCGACGAUGACUGCGGUGCCGACGUAAACCGGAACCAGUCCAACUGCACCGAAACCGACUCGGACCUGGAGCUGGAUGCCACCAUCAAGGAGCAGCGGCUCGAGGAGCAGGCCAUUUCGCGGCUGCAAGCGAUGGCCCUGUCCGAUGACGACGAGUACGACGAAUCACUGACCUGCAACGUUUGUGACCGAGCAUUCCACUGUCAUCGGCAGUUGGCGUCCCACCAGCAGAAAAAGCGACAUUUCGGGUGCAGCGGUUGCGACAGCCUGUUCCCAUCGUUGAUGCUGCUGGAGCACCACAAGGAGGAGUUCGAACACUGGAGCGACUUCGAGGACGAUGGGCGACUGCCGUGCUGCCGGCGGAACCGGCGGGACGAUGACUACACCGACACGGACACCGGGACCAGCGACGCCGAGAGCGAAGACCUGGAGCGAUUGCUGUAAGGCGGACGGAGGCGGCUGGCUAUACGACGCGACGACGGCUUCGACGACAGAUGGCGUUUGAUUGAAUGGGAUGAUGGAAUGGAUGAAAGUUGGUCGCAUUGGGAUGAAAAUAAUCCCAAUCGGAUGAUGAUGAUCGGCGGCGGUGCGAGAGGCACUUCUGCGAGUUGAAUCCGAUUGAAAAUGAAAUUGGCGACAGAUGCGCGUUGAUGGGCUUGAGGAAAGCACUUUAUAUCAUGACAAAAAAAACAGCUAAUUGAUUAAGGUAAUCGGAAGUGGUUUAUUAAUGGAAGCAUGGUUCUUUUGAAUCAUUGAAUUUUGCAUACUAACAGAAGAGUAAUUGGAUUUUUUUGAUAUUAUUGUUCAUCCUGUCGCUCCAUUAGAAAGCUAAUGAAAAAUGUAACAUGGAAAAUAUGGUAGACCACAUCUAAAAUAACAACAUGGUUUUCCCGCUAAACUAUUUGGACUAAUAUGUAGUAAUUACGUUUCGUAAUAUUUCUACCACAAAAGAAUAGAAAUUCUUCUUCGAAUGUUGAAAUACAAUCUCCCAAUUCUUGGAACGUGACAUAGUAAAGCCAAAGAAAGGUGUUGAUGUUGAAUCAUUUUAAGUAACAAUGAAUGAAUCCAAAACAAAACUAUAACAAUUACUCUACAAUUCUCUGUAGAUUAUACAAGAUUUUUUUAUUAUAUCAAAAAUUUAUGAUUCCUACUGGAGCGUACAAAGAUUUCAAAUUUCGAUUGAUGUUGCAAGGAGAUCCCCCCACAUAUAUUCUAAAGGGUUCUGUAGAAAACGAAAGAUAACAUGAUCUCAUAAAAAAACUUAUUCAACAUUUU